AUAUGUUAUUCAUAAACUCCUGUUUUAAGAAUGCAGUGGUUUCCGGCUUUGAGAGUAGCUGCGAUCACCAAAUCAGAAGACACAAAAGCGAAAGCCAUGGAAGAAGUGGAAGAAGGAUUGUUGCAACUCGAGGAUGCAUUUGUUUCUAUAAGCAAAGGAAAACCCUUUUUUGGCGGUGAAGCAAUCGGGUUUAUGGACAUUUGCUUUGGAAGCUUGGUGGUUCUCUUGAAGGCUAGAGAGAAGUUUAAAGCAGAAAAGCUUUUAGACGAAUCAAAAACUCCUUCUCUUUGUAAAUGGGCCGACCGGUUCUUGUCCGAUGAAACAGUGAAGAAUGUGGUGCCGGAGAUCGAUAAAGUAGCUGAGUUUCUGCAAGAGCUUGAGGUUAGAGCUCAAUCCGCAGCUUCAAGAUCUUAAGAUUAUCUUAGAAUGUAUUGCAAUGCGUACAUGUAAAAUAAAAUAAGCUGAAGUUU